AAAAAAUGAUGAGCUUGGAUUUGAGACUGGCAGUAGCCCUCUGGCUAAUCUGGACGACGGCUGCCCAGAACUCGACGGACGGCGGACAGGAUGGCCGCAUUGUCGGAGGCUGGGAGACGCGCAUCACCUUCUUUCCGCACCAAGUAUCCCUGCAGUUGGGCACCCGCCACGCAUGCGGUGGCACCAUCAUGUCGCCCACCAUCAUCCUGACUGCUGCUCACUGUGUGCUGGAGUACAGCAAACCGCAAUAUUACGUGAUUCGAGCCGGAUCCAGCGAUUGGGCCAAAGGCGGCAGCUAUAUUCGUGUCCAACGGAUCAUACCGCAUCCCAAGUUCCAUGAGCCCACGAGGAUGAACAAUGAUGUUGCCAUUGUUCAGCUGCAGCAACCCCUUGUCUAUAGCCAGGAUAUACGACCCAUUAGCUUGGCCACCAAUCAGGACAUCAUAAUGCCUACUGCCCAGCUUUUUGUCAGCGGGUGGGGCAGCACGUCCAUCUCACAAAUGCAGCCGGAAAAACGUCUUCGCUACACAGUUGUCCAUCUCAGUGAUCACAAUCAGUGUGCCAGGAACUAUUUUGGAGCGGGCACUGUAACCAACACCAUGUUCUGUGCGGGAACUCAGGUGGGAGGAAGAGAUAGCUGCCAGGGAGAUUCGGGAGGGCCACUUGUCACAUCCAUAGAUGGCCAGAUGAAACUCUACGGCAUUGUGUCCUGGGGAUUCGGUUGCGCAAACGCCAUGUUUCCUGGAGUUUACACUAAAGUUUCCGCCUAUGACGACUGGAUAGCGCAGACAAUUGAGGAGCUGGUCUAGCCUAAUGUUUAACUGUAUUACUACAUAGAAAUAAUAGUCAAAACCACUGCUACUUUUAAGUUAUGACAUACUCCAUAUAUACUAAUACCAAAUCUAAUGUGUAAGACCUUUUGCCUCUGUAAAUUAACUUUAUU